AUGAUCGCUGCUACGCAGGAGCCUUCGACGGCACCGGCAGCGACCCCCACUUUUGACUGGGCGGCCUUUGCACAGGGUAGAGUGCAUGAUGUGGAUUCCUUGCAGACGCUCACAUCGGGCUUAAGGAAGGAGGUUCGCGGCGGUUCUCUGCAAGCGCACAUCUGCACCAUCUCGCGCAUAGAUGACGUCGCUCGCGUCAUGGAGGCCAUGCGGGCUGCCCUGGCCUUCCAGGAGGUCACCAGCUGGUGCUACGGGUAUCGCUUGAGAAAGCGAGCCGUGGUGGAGGACGGCCAUCCCGAGGAAGGCGCCGGGGAUGCCCACGAGGGUUGGGAGGAUGGCCUUGACGAGGGAUCUGGGGAGAAGAUCUUGACGGUCAUGCAGCGCGCUGGACUCCAGGAGCUGCUGGUGGUUGUGAGCCGAUGGCAGGAUCAUGGCCGGGACUACCAGACGCCAACCCCGGGCCUUGAGCUUUACGGCUUGCAGCUUUACUCGAUGGUGGUGGAGCGUUGCAAGGACCUAGUGGCCAACAUCAAGAUGGCAAUGGGACUGGGCCAGGUGCCGCCGAGCCCCCCGCCCAUGCCAUUUUUCAAGGAGAGGCUCAGCAAGAAGACCAUUGACUUCAGCUUUCUCCCCCCGCUCCCCGAGCCUCGAGUGCCCACGAAAUUCGGACCCAACCACUUCUUGUACGAGUCCUCCAUGAACAAGCAGCGGUCAAUGCAGUCCACCCAGCCUGCUUCCAGGGCCGUGGGCUUGCAGCAUCGCGCAGCUUCAAAGCAGAUCUACAAGAGCUGA